AUGGCUCAGGAGGCACAGAACAGCGUUCGUGGACGUCCAGCUCGCAGCCAGAGCUUCGCUGUUGUACGGCCGGAACCAGAGGAUGAGUCUGAGAACAUCCAAAACAUCAAAGUGCCAGGAGGGUUCCGAAGAGACUUUUUGAGGAGAACAGCGGAGAGUCCAGCUCCCGAUUCUCGGCAAACCGGCAGCAGAACGGCAUCAGCAGUCAGCAAGGCGGUCAAACCGCCACCUCAGCUCUUCACAAAUAAUUUCAUCGAGUUUCUGACGCUAUACGGGCAUUUUGCCGGAGAAGAGCUUGAAGAAGAUGACGAGGUACUCGAGCCUGACGAGUAUUUUUCAUCUGAUGCGUACGGCGAUGCGGAUGAUGAGGAAGAAUUUGGCGAAAGCAGCGCACUUCUCGGCACCCCUGGACGACGGAAACGGAAGCACAAAACUGCGGCUGGCAAGGGCACAAGCAGUGCUAUGAACGCAGCUCUACUGCUUCUCAAGUCCUUCGUUGGAACCGGCGUUCUAUUUCUGCCACGAGCCUUCCUCAACGGUGGCAUGCUCUUCUCCUCGCUUGUACUUCUGGGCAUGGCAUCUAUCAGCUACCUUUGUUUCAUUCUACUUGGUGAGACCAAAAAGCACAUCGACGCAUCUUUUGGUGACAUUGGAGGUGUUCUGUAUGGCAAAUGGAUGAGGGCAGCAAUACUUGGCUCUCUCGUCCUCAGCCAAGUUGGGUUUGUGUCGGCAUACACCGUCUUCACUGCAGAGAACCUUCAAGCGUUCGUCCUUGCGGUGACAAAUUGCAGAACAUACAUCGACAUCAAGUGGAUGAUUCUGAUGCAGAUCAUUGUCUUCCUGCCGCUUUCCCUCAUCCGCGACAUCUCCAAGCUAGGGUUCACCGCUCUCAUCGCAGAUGCAUUCAUUCUCUUGGGUCUCAUCUACCUCUUCUACUACGACAUUUAUACCAUUGCGGCUCCCAACUUCAAGCUAGACAUAACCUUAUUCAAUCCGUCCUCCUGGACACUCUUGAUCGGCACAGCGAUCUUCACUUUCGAGGGAGUCGGUCUGAUCAUUCCGAUCCAGGACGGCAUGAAGCACCCACAAAAGUUUCCGUUCGUCCUCUUCGUCGUCAUGAUUAUCAUCACGGUACUAUUCUCGGCCGCUGGCAUAGUCUCGUACGCCGCCUACGGAUCCAAGACCAAGACUGUCGUCCUUCUCAACCUUCCCCAAGAUGACAGGACUGUCAACGGUGUUCAAUUUCUGUACUCCGUCGCCAUCCUCCUGUCUACGCCUCUACAACUCUUUCCGGCCAUUCGUAUUCUCGAGACCAGCCUAUUCUCCCGUUCCGGCAAAUACAACCCAUAUAUCAAAUGGCAGAAGAACGCAUUCCGCUUCUUCCUCGUCUUCGUCUGUGCGUUGAUUGCAUGGGGCGGCGCCGGAGACCUGGACAAGUUUGUUUCAUUAGUGGGGAGUUUCGCAUGUGUGCCGUUGGUGUACGUGUAUCCACCAAUGCUGCAUCUGAAAGCGGUGGCACGUACGACGAGGCAGCGCGUGAUAGACUAUCUGAUCAUUGUGUUUGGCGCAGUGGGCUGCGUGUAUACUACGGUAUUGACGGUUCAGCAGUGGGCGGGUGGAAGCGUACAUGAGCCUGGGUACUGUGAUGCAUAG